AGCGUUAGAGCAGCCUGCUGUUCCUCAGGCCUCGGGGUCUCUAGCACCGGCGAAAGAUGCUGAUUAUGUGCUCAGGGGCUUUCAGAAAGCACAGCAAAGAUAAGCAGGAAGAAGGACCAUUCAGAUAGCCACGCCCAGGAGGCGAAUCCCAUCGGCCUUUUCGGUUGCUGAGGUGAAACAUGUUCUUCUUCCCUCCUUGGACACCUGGACCAGGAAAUGCCUACAGGGGGUGCAGCCCAGGUGAUGCCUGAGCCCCUCCUGGACUGCAUCUCCCCGGAGGAGCCCCUGGAGAAUCCGCAAGAAGCUGGUGGAUGUGGUGAUGGAGAACUACGAGCUGGUCACUUCCCUGGAUCCCUUUGGAGUGCCUCACACUCUUGGUUUGGGGCUGUCAGAACAGGAGUGGUGGUUGGCAUGUCAAUAUCCGGUCCAAGGCUACCCGGUUCUCAAACCCGACCUCCUGUCUCGGAUUGAGCGCGCCGGAGAGCCAUGCCUUGGUGAUCAGCUGGACUCUGCCAGAGGGAUCCCGCAAGACCCCUGCCCAGGUUACCGGUUUUUCAAACCCGAAGGCUUGUCUUGGAUUGAGCGGUGGGAAGAGCUGGGCAUUGCAGACCGUCAGAAGGUGGAGGAAGGCAAGCUGUGCACCGGCUCCUGCCAAGGAGCAGCCGGGCGUGGCAAGGCGAUCAAGGAAGAGGAAGGCGGCCAGAAGGGCUUUGCGGCGAGCCUCGAGCGCUACCAGCUCUUCCCGGACAGCUCCCGAGCGGGGCUGUUCCUGACCCCCAACGCCACCCAGCUGCGCGCCCCGCCCCGCGUCAAGAAAGAAGAGGUGGCCUCGUGUGAGCCGAGCCUCUGCGGUCCCGGCCGCCCCUCCCAGGGGCUGGGGUCAGGGCCCUUUGCCUGCGUGGUGUGUGGGAAGUGCUUCCGCCAGAAGCAGGGCCUCAUCACGCAUGGGCGGAUCCACACCGGCGAGAAGCCCUACCCCUGCCUGGAGUGCGGCAAGCGCUUCCGCCAGCGCCCCAACCUGCUGACCCACCAGCGGGUGCACACGGGCGAGCGCCCCUUCCCUUGCCUGCGCUGCGGGAAGCGCUUCAGCCAGAAGGCCAACCUGGCGGCCCACCAGCGCACCCACGCCGUCCAGGAAGGGCUCAUCGCCCCCGAGCCCAAGGCCCCCGUGCAGCGCGGGAACCGCCAGGCGGAGAAGCCCUUCCCCUGCAACGUCUGCGGCAAGAGCUUCAGCCAGCGGCCCAACCUCAUCACCCACCAGCGCAUCCACACCGGCGAGAAGCCCUUCGCCUGCACCGAGUGCGGAAAGCGCUUCAACCAGCGGGCCAACCUCAUCACCCACCGGCGCAUCCACUCGGGGGAGAGGCCCUUCCCCUGCGCCACCUGCGGCCGGCGCUUCAGCCAGAAGGGGAACCUCGCCGCGCACCAGCGCACCCACUCGCAGCAGCGCCCCCACGCCUGCACCUGCUGCCCCAAGCGCUUCAAGGGCGAGUCGGCACUGCGCGCGCACCAGAGAACCCACCGGCAGGUCCUAGGGGCCGACCCCCUGCCCGGCACCCUCCUGGCCGCUCCUGGCCUCCAGCAAGCCCUCCCCGGGGAUCCCGCCUCCGUCGCUCACCGGGCCACGCCAGCCCCCCGCCAGGACCUGGCCGGAGAGGCCGCCGCCGGCAUCCACCAGGCGGGCUCGUCCGGGCCGCACCCCGGGGCCUCCCAUGGGCAGAGUCUCCCCGGAGACCCCCUUCCCCCUGCUCCACACCCAGCGGGGGCCCCCCAGGGGCACCUCCAGGGAGUUGCGCCCGGCUCCGAACAGGGGCCCAAGCUGAGUGCCCCGCCUCCCCCGCCCUCGGCGAUGGAUCCUCACGUGGAGAUGCUUCACUGCCAACGCCGGCUGAGCCUGCCGGGGCUCCCCACGUCCAGCGCGCACCCCGUGGUCCCCCUGGGGCAGUCCCAGCCGGUCACUGCCAAGCCGAAGAGCCUCGCUGGCCCUCGCGCCUCUGCCGUCGACGCACCCAGCGAGAUGCUGCAUUGCCUCUGCCACGCCAGCAGGGCCUCCCUGGUCAUUCCGCACCCCCCGCACCUGGGGCAGCUCCAGGCGGGGAGCAGGGACACCCCCGGCCGGGCCUGGCUGGGCAUCCCCUGCCCCCCACGCGCCCUCCAGCUCCAGCAGCAGGGGGGCCAGGGCCACCCCGCCUCCGCCCCCAACCCGAGACUGUGCUCCAUCCCAGACUCCUUGCGGUAGCUUCCCCCCGUGAGGGGCACGGUGCCGGCACAGGCGGCGAGGGGCGUGUGGGGCAGCACGGCUCAUGCAUGUAUCGUGGACAGGAGUCCCCGUCCCGCCCCCCACCCUGCAGCAGCCCUGUGUUGGGACACCCUGGGAGCCCCCCGUCUGCUCCUUCGUCUCCUGGCAUGAGACUCGCGUGACUGGGACGCCCGCGUGGAAGGAGCUGUUCGUGCAGACGCACCGAGUGCUGAAUGGGCGUCUCCCUCCAGAAGCUUGCGCGCAUGGAGAGCAUUGUGCCAAGUACGUAGCUUCACCCCACCCAUCCCCUCCUCUUCCUCCCCUCCCCAGCGUCAUUCACCCAGCAGCUCUUCCUCCGCCUGUCCCGCAAAUCGGCCUUCGCCACCACGAGAGAGGGGGCGGGGCAGCAGCCUUCCAAAGGUGUCUUUCGAACCUCUUGCUUCCUCAGAAAAGGUGGCUUUGGAGGACCCCCCUCCUGCCCCAUCUGACCCCACGCCCACGGCUUCGCAGACAUGGACUCAGCUGGCUCUAGCGGCAAUGCCGGCUCUUCGCUUCAAGCCAGCACGUUGGCAGAGGCUCGAGAGGGUGGGCUUCCAGAACCUUCCAGUCUUCAGGAGCAACGUCUGGUUUCUUUGGGGCCUCUGCACCUCUCUGGGUGCCGUGCGGGUGCUCGGAUAGCUUGCGCGAUGCCUCGUCUCCUGCCCUCCCCCGUCCCAGCACCUCUCCCUGCUGUGCUUCUGCGAGAGAGGAGGAGCUGAGUGCGGGGAGAGAGGGCCGUGUGGCUGGAGCCAGGCGAAGGGCACCACCGAAGUAUUACUGCCGGCGGAGGCUGCGGCGAAAGAAGUCAGCCGUCUCCAAGACCCAGCGGCGGACAAGGCCAGCCCCGUGGCUCUCCUUUGCCUGGCGCUUCGGAAAGGACACGGCCGGCUCCCGCGCAUGUUGGAAGAAGGAGGGCCUUCUGCCUCGCUGAACUUGCAUGCUGUGCCCUUGUGGGAACGGCCAGGGAACUCUCUUUGAGAAAGAGCAGGGGGCCGUCCGCUUCGAAAGCGGGUAGAACUGCUGGGAUGCCUGGGUGGGCCUGGACUCUCUUAAGAGUCGAUGGCGAGGCAGGAAGCCCGACCUGCCCUCCGAGGGGGAUGUGAGGGGAGCAAACCCCCCCUGGGUGUCUGCCGCCGCUGGGCUGAGCACAAAGAUGAGGGCAGUGCCGGUGGAGCCGGGGGUGUGUGUGUGCAAGCCCCCCCACCCCCCCACCCAGCAAGGCAGAAGUUUCC